GGGCGGGGGCGGCUCUCGGCUCGGACUGAGCCGGCGCUCGUGGGGCGGUCGUUGGCCGCCGCGGCCCUUCCCGAGGGGCUUCUGGGGGCGGUGGGGGCAGCGCGCGGCCUGGGGAGGCGGAGGUCGCGCUCUGUGCGCCCUGUUGCUUACGUCCCUGACGGGGACACGGCGCGGGGGGACAAGCAGGGGGCGGGAGAGGGACAAGCAGGCUCCCCAACGAGCCGGGAGCCGCUGACCUGGGCCGGAGGGCGGCGCCCCUGCAGCCCCGGCUCCAUCCCCAUCCCCCCCACCCCCCACCCCCGCGAUGGCCAGGCCGGAGGGGCCCCCGCAGGCCGAGUCCUGCUGAUGCCGACCGGCUCGGAAGGAAGCUGCAGGGCCCGGCCAGAGCCGCUGUCCCCUCGGAGCCGGACCCCCCGGCGGAGCGUCGAGCUGUCACGUGCAGACUGUGGGUGCCCGCGUCUGGAGUGUGCCGGGGGGCCGGACAAGACCUGGAGGACGGAAUGGGCUUUCGUGAGCACCGAUAUUUUCGCCGGGACGAAGAUAGACCCCAGUGCCUUGGUGCAGAAGCUGGACCCGGACGCCAGGAGUGUGGCCUCCAUUAGGAGAGGUGCAGAGCCCAGGGCGGUUUUACCCAAGAAGGAGAAGCUGAAGCUGCGGCGUGAGAGGUGGCUGCAGAAAAUCGAAGCCAUAAAGCUGGCGGAGCGGCAGCGCAAGGCGGAGCGGAGACGGAGGGCCGCAGCGGUGGUGGGGGACCUGCAGCCCCUGAGAGACGCCCUCCCCGAGCUGCUGGAGCUGGAGGCAGGAGCGCGGCAGCCCCGAGCCCGGGGGGUGAGCCGCAGGCCCCGGCCCGCCGAGCUGAGCCGCAUGAGCGCUGCGGAGAGGCUCCAGCUCCUGGAUGAAGAAAGGGCUCGGUUUCGGGAGCUGCUGGCCAGUCCAGCUUACAGGGCCAGCCCCCUCCUGGCCAUCGGGCAACAGCUGGCCCGGCAGGUGCAGCUGGACGGCGGCGGCCAGCUCUGACGCAGCCCGGAGGUGUCCCAGGAGCUCCAGGGACCCGCCCCUUGCCGUCCGUGCCCCGAACCUGGCCAGAGAGCCCACCGCGGAAGGGAGGGCAUGGUCCCAGGUGUUGGGGUGAGGGCACUCCCCUCUGCUCCCCACAGUCCCUGGGCUUCCUUCCAGACUGCUCUCGGGCUGCUUGGGGUCCCUCGGCACAACCCCCCACCCGGCUGGCUCUGUGCCUCCCAGCUCCUCUGCAGCCCAAGAUGCUGUCCAGGCGGGUUCUGUGGGCGGCUGCUGCCCUCCCAGGUCCCAGGGGCUCCUGUCUGCUCCUCUUGGGUCGUGGCCCCCAUGCCACAACCCUUGGGCUCUAAGCCCGCAUCGCUCCCGACCUGCGCCUGGCAUCGAGGUGAGCUGGGCCGCCGUCGUCUAGCGGUCGGAGACAGCAGACCUGGUCCCACCUGGGAGCAAGAUGGGCAUUUCCCUUCCGAAGCCCGGGGUUUGGAGGCCAGGCUGCAAGAGCAGAUUUCACCCCUAAGGGCCUGGGCUUGUCCGGGGUGUGUGCGGUGUGUGGGCCUGGGCACCCAGGGCAGCAGCUUCAGACCCAGGGAAGCCCCAUCACCCGCGGGGCCAGGCCGGGAUACCCAGUACCCGUUGCCUAGCUGUGGUGUGCAGGCGGGGCGUCCAGGAGCCAGGCGCUCUGGGCUUUGUGGCCGACCUGGCGUGAGCUCUGGAAAGGUCGUCGACCUCUGGUGCCACGGCUGGUGUGCCUGCGGCUCUCAGACACGGAGCAGCGUCUCCCAGGACUCUCCGGGCACGGGUGGCUGAAGGGAAUCCAAGCCUGUGCCCUGCCGCCAUUGGGCAUCCUGGACCCCUUCUUGCCACCAUAGCACACAGCGUCACGCCCCCCAGGAACAGGACACAGAAAGGGACAGGUGUGGCCUCUGAGGCUGCGCGUUGGAGCCUGAGUCCCCUUGGCCGGAGGUCCGCACGGCCGUCUGGACAGGCCCGCCAGCCUCAGAGCGACGGUGCUCUCCUGUCUUCAGCAUGGACACUGGUUCCCCUUAAGUGAGACGAGCUGUUUACAAUGUGGUGUUUGUGAUCGACUCGCGUUUGCAAUAAACACGUGCGGGAGAACCCCA